UCCUCUCAUUGGACUGCAGCAGCCGGCCAAGCUGUCAGCCCAUGUGGCGUGGCCAGGAACAACGUGAGACAUUUAAAUUCAUAGGAGGAAACCAGAGGAGUGCGAUGCCACCGUGACUGGCAGACCACCUCACAGACAGCAGGCCGGCUAACGGAGGCGAAUACAUGCCGAACUAGUGCUAGCAUCUCCCGCUGCAGCAGCUUCAGAGUAACUCAACAUGGAUGACAUCGUCAUAGCUGGGAUUUCAGGCCGCCUGCCCGAGUCCAACAACCUUGAGGAGUUCUGGGAGAACCUCAUCAAUGGAGUGGACAUGGUGACAGAGGACGACAGAAGGUGGAAGCCAGGUCUUUACGGCCUUCCAAAGAGAAACGGGAAACUCAAGGACAUUAGCCACUUUGAUGCUGCUUUCUUCGGAGUCCAUCCAAAACAAGCCAAUACCAUGGACCCUCAGCUUCGUCUCAUGUUGGAGAUUUCAUAUGAGGCCAUCUUGGAUGGUGGUCUGAAUCCAGCUGAACUGCGUGGCAGCAAGACGGGUGUUUACAUUGGAGUGAGUGGUUCAGAGGCAAGUGAAGCAUUCAGCAGAGAUCCUGAGGAGUUGCUGGGCUACAGCAUGACUGGCUGCCAACGCGGCAUGUUAGCCAACAGACUGUCGUACUUCUUUGACUUCAAUGGUCCCAGCACUGCCAUCGACACGGCCUGCUCCUCCAGCUUGCUGGCUUUAGAAAACGCUUUCCACGCCAUGCGCAUGGGUCAGUGUGAUGCUGCCCUCGUGGGAGGUGUUAACUUGGUGCUGAAGCCAAAUACCUCAGUGCAGUUCAUGAAACUUGGGAUGCUCAGUCCUGAAGGAACAUGCAAGUCCUUUGACGCUGCAGGGAAUGGAUACUGUCGUUCUGAGGCAGCAGUCGCUGUACUGCUGACCAAACGAUCAGCAGCAAAGAGAAUUUAUUCUACAGUUGUUAAUGCUGGAAACAACACAGAUGGAUACAAAGACCAAGGUGUGACAUUUCCUUCAGGUGCGAUGCAGCAGAGAUUAGUGCAGUCGCUUUAUAGUGAGUCAAACAUCACUCCUGAGCAGGUCGAGUACAUUGAAGCUCAUGGCACUGGAACAAAGGUUGGUGAUCCACAGGAAGUGGGUGGUAUUGUAAAUGUGUUCUGCCAUGAGAGAAAAGAGCCGUUGCUCAUUGGUUCCACCAAAUCCAACAUGGGUCAUCCAGAACCUGCAUCUGGUUUGGCUGCCCUAGCGAAGGUGCUACUUUCUCUAGAAAAAGGUGUCUGGGCUCCAAAUCUGCACUACAACAAUCCUAACCCUGACAUUCCUGCCCUCACCGAUGGACGAAUCCAAGUUGUUGACCGACCCAUACCUGUGCGUGGUGGCAUCGUCGGUGUGAACUCCUUUGGAUUUGGAGGCUCAAAUGUUCACGUGAUCCUCCGACCUGCUGUGAGGGGCUUGCCGAACCCUGCUGACGCCAUCGCACCGGCCAGGACUCUUCCGAGGCUGGUCCAAGCUUGCGGUCGGACAGAGGCAGCUGUGACAAGCUUGCUUGAAAAGGGAAAAGAGCUCACCACGGACGAUAAUUUUCUGUCCCUGCUGAAUGAGGUGUCGAGAGCACCCACCGCUGGAAUGCCUUACAGAGGCUACACUGUGGUUGGCUCAACGUCAGAUGUCACUGAAGUCCAGCAGGUGCAGGCUACACCCAGGCCACUCUGGUACAUCUGUUCAGGAAUGGGAACCCAGUGGGCAGGGAUGGGACGCAGCCUGAUGCAGCUGCCAGACUUCAGAGAGUCCAUCACGCGGUCAGAUGAAGCCUUAAAAGACACCGGCCUGGUUAUUUCUCGCCUCCUCAUGGAUGCUGAUGAGUCCACUUUUGAAGACACUGUUCAUGCCUUCGUUGGCCUGGCUGCCAUACAGAUUGCCCAGAUUGACAUGCUUAAGAAGUUGGGUCUUCAGCCUGAUGGCAUUGUAGGACACUCUGUGGGUGAGCUAGCAUGCGGCUAUGCUGACGGCUCUCUCAGCCAUGCUGAGGCCGUUCUGGCUGCUUACUGGCGAGGCCGCUGCAUCAGAGAAGCCAAGCUUCCUCCUGGGGGCAUGGCUGCUGUUGGGUUGACCUGGAAAGAGUGCAUGGAGCAGUGUCCUCAAGGGGUCGUGCCAGCUUGUCACAAUGCUGAAGACACUGUCACCAUUUCUGGGCCUCAGGAGGCGAUCAGUAAGUUUGUGCUGGAGCUGAAGGAGCAGGGUGUGUUUGCAAAAGAGGUGCGAAGUGCUGGUGUUGCUUUCCACUCCUACUACAUGGCCUCGAUUGCUCCUGCUCUGCUGUCUGCUCUAAAGAAGGUGAUCAAGACUCCAAAGCAGCGCUCCCCUCGCUGGGUGAGCACCAGCAUCCCUCAGUCGGAGUGGGACUCUCCUCUGGCUCUCUAUAGUUCUGCUGACUAUCAUGUCAACAACCUGGUGAGCCCAGUGCUGUUUCAGGAGGGCCUCAGCAUGGUCCCUGACAACGCGGUGGUGAUAGAGAUCGCUCCUCAUGCUCUGCUGCAGGCGAUCCUGAAGCGAAGCCUGAAACCCACCUGUACCAUCCUGCCCCUGAUGAAGAGAGGCCAUGCAAACAAUCUUGAAUUUUUCUUAACACACAUUGGCAAGAUGCACAUGUGUGGCAUCAACUUGGAUUCUAACGUCCUGUGCCCGGAGAUGAAGUACCCAGUUCCAGUUGGGACCCCUCAGAUCUCUCCAUUGGUGCAGUGGGACCAUGCUCAAACCUGGGAUGUCCCCAAGGUGGAGGAUUUCUCUGCCGGUUCAGGAGGAUCAAAUUCUGCUGCUGUCUACAACAUCAAUAUGAACCCUGAGUCCUCCGAUUAUUACAUGAUUGGACACUGCAUUGAUGGACGUGUCCUUUACCCUGCCACUGGAUACUUGGUCCUAGCCUGGCGUACCUUGGCGAGGAAUCUCGGGAUUGUAAUGGAAACCACACCGGUGGUGUUUGAGGACGUCACCAUACACAGAGCCACUAUCCUGCCCAGUAAUGGUUCCGUGCAGUUGGAGGUGCGUCUUAUGCCAGCAACCAACAAGUUUGAGGUGUCAGAAAAUGGAAACUUGGCAGUCACUGGUAAAGUGAGCGUUCUCGAGGACGCGGCUCUCGAUGUGUUCCACAGUCAAGUAAAACAGCAGGCGUACUACAAUGAGGGGGACAACUCUAAAAUGAAUCUAGUGGCACAUGAGAUCUACAAAGAACUUCGGCUGCGUGGUUACGAUUAUGGAAAGACUUUCCAGGGUAUCUUGGAGUCCAACAAUACAGGAGAGAGUGGGAAGCUUCAGUGGACAGGAAACUGGGUGACCUUCUUGGAUACCAUGCUGCAAAUGAUUGUGGUUGGACUCCCAGGUCGUAGCCUGAGACUGCCAACCAGGAUCCGCUCCGUUUGUGUCGACCCUGCGCUACACGUGGACAGAGUGUGUGAGGAUGCAGAGGGGAAACAAGCUGUACCUGUCCAUGUCAAUCGCUGCCUUGACAAAAUUACAGCGGGAGGCGUGCAGAUCAGUGGCCUACAUGCGACAGUAGCCCCUCGUCGACAGCAGCAACAAAGCCCGCCAACCCUGGAGGAGUUUGUGUAUGUCCCCAAUGUGCAGACAGAGUGCCUCACAGCCUGCGGGAAACUCACUGAGCAGCUGAGACUAUGCAAAGGAUUAAUAAACAAGCUGCAAAAAAAGUUGGCCUCUCAUGGUGUGAAGCUCUCAAUUCCGGGUCUUCAGGGGGUGUCAGACACCCCCCUACCCAGCACCGAGCACUCUGAACCAGGGCUUGCUCGACUGCUGUCCCUGCUGUGUGACUUGGAGCUCAAUGGAAACUUGGAUUCUGAGCUGGAGCAGACUGUGCAGAAGGAGAGGGCUUGUCUCCUUCAGGACGUGCUGUUGCGAGGCAUGCUGGAUAACAUGAGUCUGCGGAACUGCAUUGACACCACACUGGAGAACAGUUCCCCUGGAAGAAUCAAAGUCCUUGAAGCAUUCUCGAAUGAUGGCCAGCUCUUUUCACGUGUGGUUCAUCUACUGAACAUUCAGCUAUUAUUUCACAUGGAGUACAUCGCCACGGCAGCCAACCUGGAUCUUUUAGCCCCAUACCAAGACACGUUAGAUGAGCUCAACGUUCCCUCAGCACAGUGGGAUCCAUUGUCGGGUCCUGCUCCUGGUGGCACCGUAGGGGAGGCUGACCUGGUGGUGUGCAACCAUGCAUGGGGUCCAGUAAGAACAAACCUGGGGCAGCUGGUGGCCAAUCUGACUUCUGGAGCGCGAGAAGGAGGGUUUGUUCUUCUCCACACGCUGCUGAAGGGAGAAACUAUGGGAGAAACAGUUGCCUUCCUCUCCAGAACGACUCAGAACAAGGAGCAACAAGGACUGUUCUCACAGGCUGACUGGGAGAAGGCCAUCUCUGAUGCGUCCCUGUCUCUUGUGGCUAUGAAGAAGUCUUACUAUGGUUCAGUUAUCUUUCUCUGCAAGCGUCAAACACCUGCCAAGACACCCAUUUUCCUUCCAGUGGACACUUCAGACUACAAGUGGGUGGAAACGCUCCAGGCUACACUUGCUGAACCCUCGGACAGGCCUGUGUGGCUGACCGCUUCUAAACCCCACUGUGGAGUCGUGGGAAUGGUCAACUGCUUGCGGAUGGAACCUGGUGGCAACAGAAUACGCUGUGCAUUUGUCUCAAACCUGGAGGAAACCUCAGCAGCACAGAGUCUCCAGCCAAAUGACAAGUUGAUGCAAAAAGUUCUGGAGCAGGAUCUUGUGAUGAAUGUGUUCAGAGAUGGACAGUUGGGAACUUUCAGACACCAGCACAUCAGUAGUGGUCUAAGUGAGGAGCAGACAGAGCAGGCGUUUGUGAAUGUCUUGACCCGUGGUGACCUGUCCUCCCUCCGAUGGAUUGCUUCUCCACUCCGUCACUUUGUGUCCAACAACCCAAACGUGCUGCUGUGCAGCGUCUAUUACAGUUCACUAAACUUCCGUGAUAUUAUGUUGGCCACGGGCAAGCUGCCCCCUGAUGCCAUCCCAGGUGACUUGGCCCUUCAGCAGUGCUUGCUGGGUAUGGAGUUUUCUGGUCGUGACCCUAGCGGUCGUCGUGUGAUGGGGCUGCUUCCCGCAAAAGGUCUCGCAACGUGUGUGGAUGCUGACCAUCGCUUCCUCUGGGAGGUUCCUUCCUCGUGGACACUUGAGCAGGCCGCCUCUGUGCCUGUUGUCUAUGCCACUGCCUACUACUCCCUCGUGGUUCGUGGGAGACUUCGAUCUGGGGAGAGUGUUCUCAUUCACUCAGGGUCGGGUGGUGUUGGGCAAGCUGCUAUUGCCAUUGCCCUCAGCAAGAAGUGCAGAGUCUUCACCACCGUUGGCUCAGCAGAGAAGCGCACCUACCUGCAGCAGAGGUUCCCUCAACUUUCCAAUGAGUGUUUUGCUAAUUCCAGAGACACAACGUUUGAGCAGCAUGUCCUGCUCCACACUAAAGGCAGAGGGGUUGAUGUGGUACUGAACUCCUUGGCUGAAGAGAAGCUUCAGGCAAGUAUCCGCUGCCUGGCCAGACACGGACGUUUCCUGGAGAUUGGAAAGUAUGACCUGUCCAACAACUCCCCCCUGGGCAUGGCUCUGUUUCUGAAGAAUGUGGCUUUCCAUGGAAUCUUACUAGAUGCUCUGUUUGAAGAGGGCAACCAUGAGUGGGAGGACGUGUCUGAGCUGUUGAAGGAGGGUAUAAAAGAGGGUGUCGUCCAACCUCUGAAGACCACAGUCUUUAAGAGAGAUAAUGUUGAAGAGGCAUUCAGAUUCAUGGCUCAGGGGAAGCAUAUAGGCAAGGUGCUCCUGCAGGUGCGCGCUGAGGACAAGGCAGCAGGACAAACUCCUGCUCCUCUAUCCAUCAGAGCCAUUUGUAGAACAUUUUGCCCUGCCUCCCACUCUUACAUCAUCACUGGUGGACUGGGGGGCUUUGGUUUGGAGAUGGCACAGUGGCUGACAGAAAGGGGAGCUCGCAAACUGGUGCUGACGUCCAGAUCUGGGAUCAGAAACGGUUAUCAGGCUAAACAAGUCCGUGAGUGGCAGAGUCGGGGUGUGGAGGUUCUGGUGUCCACAAGUGACGUUAGCAGCAUGAAGGGAACCGAGACACUGAUAACUGAGGCCUGCAGGCUGGGACCAGUGGGAGGUGUCUUCCAUCUUGCCAUGGUGUUGAAAGAUGGGAUGCUGGAGAAUCUCUCUCCUCAGCUCUUCUUAGAUGUAAACAGACCAAAAUAUGACGGCACUAUCAACCUGGAUGAAGCAACAAGAAAACUGUGUCCAGACCUCAGCUACUUCGUAACCUUUUCGUCAGUCAGCUGUGGCCGUGGAAAUGCUGGGCAGAGCAAUUACGGUUACGCCAACUCGGCCAUGGAGCGCGUCUGCGAGAAGCGCCGCCACGACGGCCUGCCUGGGUUGGCCAUCCAGUGGGGUGCCAUCGGAGAUGUGGGUGUGGUGCUGGAAACCAUGGGUGGAAACGAUGCGGUGAUCGGGGGAACUCGUCCGCAGAGGAUGGCGUCGUGCCUGGAGGUGCUGGACCGCUUCCUGUGUCAGCCACAGCCAGUGAUGGCAAGCUGCGUUCUGUCAGAGCGGUUGGUAGUGAAGAGUGACGCUGGAAGCAAGAAGGUCCUUGUUGAAGCCGUCGCCCACAUUCUAGGUGUCCGGGAUGUGAGCUCUCUCAAUGCUGAUGCCUCAUUGGCUGACUUGGGACUUGACUCAUUAAUGGGUGUUGAGGUGCGACAGACCCUGGAGCGGGACUAUGACAUUGUCAUGGCGAUGAGAGAGAUUCGGCAGCUCACUAUCAACAAGCUUCGGGAGCUGGCCAACAGCAAACCAGCUGCAUCCAAUGGUACAAUGAUUCUUCAGACAGAGGACAGUCAGCGUCUUUCUAAACAGUUUUGUCUCUCUGUUGUAGAUAAGAAAACCGUCCUGCGUUCUUUGUCUGAAUCGGAUCUGUCUCAGCUCCUGGUGAACCCCGACAGCCCCACAGUAGCCCCACUCAACGAUGUGCAGAGUCAGGAGAGUCCUCUGUUUCUGGUUCAUCCCAUCGAGGGGUCCAUCACGGCAUUCAGGACUCUAACCUCCAAGCUCAGUGUGCCUUGCUAUGGUUUACAGUGUACCAAAGCUGCCCCCCUGGACAGCAUCCAGUCGCUGGCUGCCUUCUAUGUGGACUGCAUCCAAAAGGUCCAGCCUGAUGGCCCUUACCGCAUCGCAGGCUACUCCUUCGGUGCGUGUGUGGCAUUCGAAAUCUGCACUCAGCUGCAGAGCCAGCACCAGCAAGUGGAAUAUCUGUUCCUGUUGGAUGGCUCCCACUCGUACGUGGCCGCAUACACUCAGAGCUACAGAGCUAAGCUGACCCCAGGCAAAGAGUCAGAGGCCGAAACAGAAGCUCUGUGUGCCUUCAUCCAGCAGUUCACAGAUGUUGAGUACAACAAGAUCCUGGACACACUACUGCCCCUCGCUGACCUGGAGGCUAGGGUCAACACGGCGGUGAACUUGAUCUCCUCUACACAUAAGAACAUCAGCAGAGAGCCACUGCACUUUGCUGCCUCCACUUUCUACCAGAAGCUUAAAGCCGCUGACUGCUACGUCCCCACGAGCAAGCUGAACAGCAGCGUCACUCUGUUACGUGCCAAAUUCAACAGUGAAUACGAGCAGAACCUGGGCGCCGACUACAAGCUAGGAGAGGUUUGCGACGGGAAGAUGUCGGUUCACGUCAUCGAUGGAGAUCACCUGACCUUCCUGGAGGGACAAGGGGCGGAGUCUAUCAGCAGCAUCAUCCACAGCGCACUGGCAGAGUCCAGAGCAAAAGCAAGGGAGGUCUAGGCAACCCCACCCCCCCACGGCCACAUCAUUCCUCAACAUUCCCGAAACCUCUCUCAUACUUGGAAAAGUAGCUGUGUAGUAAGAUGUUUACAGUCUGUGCCAUGUGUUUUCUCCAAACGCUUGCGGGCCGGUCGUGAUGGCUUCCUGCUGGCUGCGAGACGUGCUGUUACUCUGAUGCUGCGAUCAUGCCCUCUGGUUUUGUUUACAUUGCUUACUACCUGAACGUCAUAAUGGUAUUUCUAACAUUAUUUAACGUUGUUCUCGUUCCUAUCACAAUAACAAAGUAACACGAAUGAUGCAUCCAGAAAUGCUGACUGUGCUCUCCCCUUACUCUUUGUAUCAUGAGCCCGAUGAGCAGUUUACCACCCCUGAGACUUGUGUGUGUCUAUGAAGGGUCAUGUGACUGAUGCUGGUGUAGCAACACUGUUGAGGGGUGAGUGUUCCCCACCUUAGUUAACCCGUUGUUGCGCCUAAUAAAGGCUUCUUCAACAUG